AUGAAGGAGGAGGUGACAAAAGAAGUGCUAAAAUUACUUGAGGCUGACAUUAUGGGUAUUGAGGUUGAUAGAGCCAAAGUGGAAGUCAUUGAAAAACUCCCACCACCAAUUAAUGUGAAGGGAAUCAUAAGGUUUUUGGGACAUGCUGGUUUUUACAGAAGAUUCAUCAAAGAUUUCUCAAAAAUUGCCAAACCAUUAAGCAACCUCCUUGUUAAGGACGCCCCAUUUGUGCUAGAUGAAGAGUGCCUUAAGGCGUUUGAUGUUUUGAAGAAAAAAUUGAUUUCUGCCCCAGUUAUUGUAGCUCCUGAUUGGAACCAAGAUUUUGAGCUGAUUUGUGAUGCCAGUAAUUAUGCUAUAGGUGUUGUUCUUGGCCAGAGAAGAGAGAAGGAAGAAGUGGAAGGAAUUUUAUGGCAUUGUCAUGACUCACCUUAUGGGGGACAUUUUAGUGGAGAGAGAACAACUGCAAAAGUGUUACAAUCUGGAUUUGAUUGGCCUACUUUGUUUAAAGAUGCUCACAAUCAUGCCAGGAACUGUGACAAGUGUCAAAGGACGGGUACUAUUUCCACACAUCAUGAAAUGCCACUGCAAGGCAUACUAGAGGUUGAAGUUUUUGAUUGCUGGGGUAUAGACUUUGUUGGACCUUUUCCACCAUCUUUCAAUAAUGAAUACAUACUGGUGGUAGUGGAUUAUGUGAGUAAAUGGGUUGAAGCUCUGGCUUGUCCCAAGAAUGAUUCUAGCACUGUGAUUAAAUUUCUGAAAAGGCAAAUUUUCUCCUAUUUUGGAACGCCAAGAGUACUCAUCAGUGAUGGAGAUCUCAUUUUUGCAAUUUUCAGCUUGCAAAGGUCACCAAUAAAGGUGGGAAACCAUGCCAAGUUUGCCAACAAAGGACGGAGGAAAGGAAGUGCCUUCUGGAUUGCAUCAAGUGGCUUCCGGAUUGGGAAUGCAAGCAAGAAUGCCUUCCAAACUGUGCAUAAAGCCCAGCCAAAACCACUUGCUGCCCAGCGUUUCUGCACCAGGAAAACACAUUUAAAACACGUAUAA